AUGUGUGAAGGAGGAGUCACAGUAGAGUGGUAUCGCCAGGACCCAGGAUCUAAACCAGAAUUCAUCAUCAUGCUGUCUGAAUCCAGUGUCAACAAAGUGGACUCAACUUCUCAUCCCCGUGCCUCUGGUAACGUGGAUAAAGACUCUAAAGAGGUUCAUCUGAAUAUCUCAUCAGCUGAGGUCUCAGACUCUGCUGUCUACUACUGUGCUUUGAGGCCCACAUGCAGACCAGUCAUGAUGGUAUCUGGUAUAUUCCUGCUCUUGUCUCUCUUAAUAGGAGAAUCUGUUGGGAAUACCAUAACACCCUUGCAUUCUUCAGUGGUCAUCAGUGAGGGAGAAAGUGCCACUUUCUCCUGUAACUAUAGUGGCAAUGUCAAUAACUUGCAGUGGUAUCGGCAGUAUCCCAACUCCAUCCCAGAGUUCCUCUACCUCAUGUUUGAGAGUGGCUCUCCUACAGGUUCAGUUCCUCGUCUGACUCCCUCCAUAAGGAAAGAGGAAAAGCGCGUGUUUCUGGAGCUCUCCUCUGCAGAGGCGUCUGACUCUGCUGUGUACUACUGCGCCCUGGUGCCCACAGUGACAGGAACUCAGACUCUGCUGUGCAAAAACCUCUCAGAUGUGCAGGAGGAGGGAGAUCCAACAUGUCCUCUUCACAGGCAGCACAUUCAUUUAUAUACUCUGACUAUUACAGUAAUCCUGUCUGCUGAUAGAUUUUAACUCAUCAACACUGUACUGAGCUAUAUUUUUCAUGUGAAUUAUAAUACUC